CUCUCCUCCUCCUCCUCCUCCUCCCAAAAGCUCCGUAAAGACUAUAAACGCAGCCUUCCCUUCUCCACCUUCCUCCACUAUACUUUAAUUCAAAACAAACACGUCUCCAUGGUCACCACCCACUUGGAAGAAGAUCCCAAAGUGCGUUCAACUGAAGCGGCAGCAGCAGCACAUGAAUGGACAAGUAACAUUACACACGAUGCUCAAUGGUUCACAGAUGAGCAUGGUCGAACACUCUUGAUGCGCGGCGUGAAUUUAUGCGGAUCAUCAAAGUUGCCUACGCGGCCUUAUCCUGGGUCAACCCAUUUGUACGAUGAAAAGUUGUUUUGGGAUCAUCGUGGUGUCAGCUUUGUCGGACGACCGUUUCCACUAAACGACGCGCCUAUGCAUUUUGCGCGCCUGCGUGCCUGGGGCCUGACCCUGGUUCGAUUGUUGAUCCCUUGGGAAAGUAUUGAGCACGCUAAUCCUGGCGAAUACGAUGAAGAAUAUAUCGACUACCUGCGAGAACUGAUCGGGAUGAUGCCUGCAUAUGGUAUCAAAUGCUUCAUUGAUCCGCAUCAGGAUACGUGGUCACGAUUUUCUGGUGGAUCCGGUGCGCCAGGAUGGACAUUUGAAAUAGCAGGGAUGGAUAUACGUGCAUUCAAAGAAACCGGUGCGGCUUAUGUUCACAAUACGAAUGCUGUUCCUGGCGAUCCACUACCCAUGGUCUGGCCAACCAAUUAUACCAAGCUUGCAAGCUGUACUAUGUUUACCCUGUUCUUUGCCGGUGAUACCUUUGCUCCCAAACACACAUACCAAGGCGAAUCGAUUCAGCAAUUUCUGACCAACUCCUUUAUAAACGCUUUCCAACAUUUGGCCUCACGUCUUGUGGAUCUUGAAGCGGUGAUUGGAUUCGAAUUCAUGAACGAGCCGCAUCCAGGCUAUAUUGGUCUGGAUACACUCAAAGCAUUCGAUCCCAUAGUCAACUUGAUCUUUGGCGACUCGCCAACGCCUCUACAAUGCUUUGCCCUAGGUGAGGGCGUUCCACAAAAAGUCGGUGUAUAUAUCAAGUCAUGGCCAUUCCCUACCAAAAAGUCACAUAUGCGCGUGAUAAAUGAGAACAAGCGGAGUGCCUGGUUGUCAGGAACAUCAUGCAUAUGGCGUCAGCAUGGCGUGUGGGACAUAAAUAAUAAGGGCAAACCAAUUCUGAAAAACUCCUCAUAUUUUUCCAAGGACCCAAAAACUGGAAACAAGGUUGAUUUUUACCGAGAUUUCUACGUGCCGUUUGUCAACAAGUACGCGCAGGCGAUUCAAAAAGUCAAUCCUGACUGGUUUUGUUUUGUGGAACCAUUGGCGAAUGAGGCAUCGCCUGUGUAUUCGGAUACGGAUCAUCAUCACAAUAUGGUAUUUGCUCCACAUUGGUAUGAUUUGAAUUGUGUCUUUUACAAGAAAUUUGAUGGCCGUAUUACCCAUGAUGUUCAGGCAUUGCAGAAUGGUGUCAAUGUCAUUAGCGCCACGUAUUUCGGCCGCAAUGGUGCCAAAAAGAACUAUCGAGGGCAAAUCAAGAAUAUCAAAAAGAGCGGCUUAAAUAAUAUGGGGCAAAAACCUUGUGUUCUUGGUGAAGUGGGUAUUCCUAUGGAUCUAAACCAGCGGGCUGCGUUUAUGAGUGGUGACUACACGAACCAUAUCCACUUUAUGGAUGCCAUGAUUAAUGCCUUAGAAGUGAAUCUUGUUAACUUUACGCUAUGGAACUACGAUAUUUGCAACGACGACGAAUAUGGCGAUCACUGGAAUGGUGAAAAUUUUUCUAUUUUCUCGCCCAAGUUGAUCGCGGCAGCUAUAGCAAGCGAAGAAAAGAAGGAGGAUUUAGCAUCGCUGGAUACGGAUGAGUCUCCAAAUACCCUGUGUGAUGAUAUUGGCCGUUUGCAUGAUGGAGGUCGCGUAUUGAAAGCUGCUAUUCGGCCCUAUGCAUCUAAGGUGGCAGGUACACCCGAAAAAUCAGAAUUUAAUAUAGAUACGCUUGAAUACGUGUUUGCGUUCAAGCCAUUCAAGAAACAGGAAGAUCGUGCCAGAACAACUACUACGGAGCUUUACAUACCCCACUAUCAUUAUGGAUCGACCAAGGCGAAUUUACAAGUCGACGCCUCGGCAGGCACCUGGGAGUACAAUCCAGAAACGCAAUCGCUAUAUCACCGUUACGAUAGCUCCAACGGUGGUGAAAAAUCCAUUACGAUCCGUAUAAACAGUGCUGAAGCAAUGAAAAGCAAUGCUAAUAACAGCUUCAAUUGCACCGUCAUGUAAACAUAGAGUGUAAUAAUUUUUUGUGCUAUGUGUAUUUGUAACCAUCUGCUGUCUUUAUAUGGAUACACAUACUAUAUAUCCACUAGCUGUCAUUACUACUAUGCAUAAAUUCUUCAAAUGACGCAUGGAAUCUACUCCAGUUGUUGCCAGGGACUUUGGCCAUCUUAAUCU